GUGGGGGUGUCUGUCUAUGGUGAUCCCGCCCUGGGGCGGGCUUAUCGACCUGACAGGCCCGCCCUCCACACCGAAGUCUCUCCGAAGCAGCAGUUCGGGGCGGAAGUUAGGGAGCCCCGAGAGCUUAGGCGACGGAAGUGGCCGUGCUACUGCCUGUCUGCGCGCAGGCGUAGUUCCAUUUCCUCAUGGUGCAGUUGAGGCGGUCCUUUCCCCACUCUCCUGCUCGUUUUUUCCGCGCGAGGGGGUAGGGCGGACUCCUCUAGUGGUUGCACGGUCAGCGCCCUCCGUGCUCCUCUCAUCGCCCUGCUGCCAUGGCCGGCAUUCUGUUUGAGGAUAUUUUUGAUGUGAAAGACAUUGACCCGGAGGGCAAGAAGUUUGACCGAGGUAAGCGAGUGUCCCGACUGCAUUGUGAGAGUGAAUCUUUCAAGAUGGACCUUAUCUUAGAUGUAAACAUUCAGAUUUACCCUGUAGAUUUGGGUGACAAGUUCCGGUUGGUCAUAGCCAGUACCUUGUAUGAAGAUGGUACCUUGGAUGAUGGUGAAUAUAACCCCACAGAUGACAGACCUUCCAGGGCUGACCAAUUUGAGUAUGUGAUGUAUGGAAAAGUGUACAGGAUUGAGGGAGACGAAACGUCUACUGAAGCAGCAACACGUCUGAAAUAUGAAAAGCAGAAAAGUAAUGUCAAGAAGGAACAAAAGUCAUCUAUAAUUCCAUAACCAGAGGGAACCUUUUACAUAAACAUUUUUGAAUAAUCUAGCUCUGCCUACGUGUCCUAUGGGGGCCUGCUCAUGAGGCUGCAGGGUGAUGCCAACAACCUGCAUGGAUUUGAAGUGGAUUCCAGAGUUUAUCUGCUGAUGAAGAAACUGGCCUUCUGAACCACCGGAAAGCCAACCUUGCUGCUUAGACACUCAGGUCACGGACGUUUGUUCAAGUCUGAGUUGCAGUGGCUGCUGUCCUGUUCAGGAGGGGCUGGCCCUCUGUCCACUGUGGUGCUUCUCUCCCUGGUCUGGACUCAGUGGGAAACCAACUUGCCUGUGAAAGACCCAGCAGGCGAGUUUAAAAUGAACCAGAGUUGUUUUGUGUGUAUGAUUUUUUUUUAAUUAAACUUUACUUUUUCAGA